CGCGGCGCCAUGGACUCGCUGUGGCGGCUGAAGCGGUUCGAUGCCUUCCCCAAGACCCUGGAAGACUUUCGGAUCAAGACUUUCGGCGGCGCGUUCGUGACCGUUGUCAGCGGGCUCAUCAUGGUGCUGCUUUUCUUCUCGGAGCUGCAGUACUACCUCACCAAGGAGGUUCAUCCUGAAUUAUAUGUUGAUAAAUCAAGAGGAGAUAAACUGAAGAUCAAUAUAGAUGUUGUCUUUCCACAUAUGCCUUGUGCUUAUUUGAGCAUUGAUGCAAUGGACGUAGCAGGAGAACAGCAAUUGGACGUAGAGCACAACCUAUUUAAACAGCGUUUGGAUAAAGAUGGCAAUCGUGUGACACCAGAGGCUGAAAGACAUGAGCUGGGAAAAGAAGAAGAAAAAGUGUUUGAUCCAAAUUCUUUGGAUGCUGAUCGUUGUGAGAGCUGUUAUGGGGCUGAGUCAGAGGACAUUCGGUGUUGUAAUACUUGUGACGAUGUCAGAGAAGCAUACAGGCGACGAGGCUGGGCCUUCAAGAAUCCGGAUACCAUAGAGCAAUGCAAGAGGGAAGGGUUUAGCCAAAAAAUGCAAGAGCAGAAGAAUGAGGGUUGCCAAGUGUAUGGUUUCCUAGAGGUCAACAAGGUAGCUGGAAAUUUUCACUUUGCACCAGGAAAAAGUUUUCAGCAGUCUCAUGUACAUGUGCACGCUGUUGAGAUUCACGAUCUCCAGAGCUUUGGACUUGAUAAUAUCAAUAUGACGCAUUAUAUAAAACAUCUCUCAUUUGGAAGAGAUUAUCCAGGCAUUGUGAACCCUCUGGAUGGGACGGAUGUCACUGCACAGCAAGCUUCCAUGAUGUUUCAGUAUUUUGUCAAAGUGGUCCCCACAGUGUAUAUGAAAGUAGACGGUGAAGUGGUGAGGACAAACCAGUUUUCAGUUACACGACAUGAGAAAAUAGCCAAUGGGCUAAUAGGAGACCAAGGUCUGCCCGGUGUGUUUGUGCUGUAUGAGCUUUCUCCUAUGAUGGUGAAGCUGACAGAAAAACACAGGUCCUUUACACACUUUCUUACAGGAGUUUGUGCUAUUGUUGGAGGCAUAUUUACAGUUGCAGGAUUCAUUGACUCCUUGAUUUAUCACUCAGCACGUGCCAUCCAGAAGAAAAUUGAACUUGGGAAAACAACAUAAAUGAACAACGACCUCACUACACAAAAAACUCUAAGAGCUAAACAGAUUUUUUUCAAAAUACAUUUGAUCUUGUGUGUGCACAAGAGAAGAGGUUUGGAAUUACCAGAUGGCCCCAACCACUCUUACGUUACUGUCUCUUCAUUCUUUGGCAUUAAUUUGUGGAUGGAACUGCUUGAACCUUGCUGCUAUAAAGAUUCAUUAGCCAUCUUGUCUGGCUGUGCAGACCCUACUGUAUAAAACCUUUUGUGUCUGUCCAUGUUCAUCAAAUUUGCCUCCCGAAAGAGCUGCUGGAGAUACUGCAUGGUGUUUGUCUCCAGGAAUAAGGUGUUACAGUGUCGUGAAACCUGGAGCAGAUUAAAGUUGCCAUGAAAUAAACUUUCUGGCAACACCAUCUAUAUUUUUUUCUUUUUGUUAAAAAUGUUUCUGAAUGCACUCAUGCUGUAUGCUAGAUCUCUGUGAAAAUGUGCUGGAUUUCUUGUGCUUUGCUUUCAACUGGGCUGAGCAAUGUGGCAAGAGCUGGCGCACAAGAUGUGCAUGGGGCAUUGCAGUGUUCUCUGGCUGCUCCAAACCAUUCUUUUUAUGAAAGAUGCAAGUUGAUGUUUCAGUUAAAAAAAAAAUCACUGUUUGUAGUUUUAAUUAAUUUUUAAAUUGGAUUGUGUUUUUCACUUUCCCUCUGUUUAUAUUUUGUAAUAAAGUUAAACCUCCGUGGGUUUUGGUAAAGCAUUUAGAAGAACAAUUAAAUUAAAUUAUUUGAAUCAGCCCUGGUACUAAAUUAGUACUGAAUAAGAGAAUUCCUGUAAUGUGGCAAAGUAUGUAGAUAUCAUGAUGCUGAAGAUUUUUUUUUUCUUUUUAAUAAUCUAUGCAAGUGAGUAAAAUGCCUGGUGCUGAGGCUGGCAGAAGACAUUAAAUUGUGAGAAAUUGAAAAAUAAUGAGGAAAAAGGAAAAAAAUGAAUCCCUGUCUCAUUCUGAGGCAAAACAGACUCGUUGCUGUGAAAAUUCAGCUGAGAUACUUGUAUUUACUCUAAACUUAGUCCAAGCAAUUGAACCAAUUUGGCAUUUACAGCAUAGAGACAAGUACAGGGUUAAAUGAUGCAGAGAAGAAGUCAUUUUAAAACUUAAAACUUAAUUUGAGAGUAAUAUUUGCUUAAUUAUUUGAAUUUACCUUCAGAACACUGAAUAUAGAAGCUUUUCAGACAGAGAGGAGCAAUUUGAGGUGUGGGUAAGGAGACUGACUAAUUAGUUUUUAAAAAUAUACAUUUGGAACAAGAGUAUUUAAUAAAUCCACCAGUGAUCCUGA